UCAUCCUGGAAGACUUCCUGGAGGAGGCCUCUGUGCCGAGCCUGGAGGACGCGGUCAGGUCCAGGAACAGCACGGCGGAGGCGAGAGGGGACCGCUGGCCCGGGCAGGGUGAGCCGGGCGGCAGAUACAGCGGAUGUGCGGGCCUCCCGGCGCGGGAGGCAGCCAGGGUUAAUCAUUUGCAGGCGGCCUUGACCAUCACCCUGCUCCCACGUCCCGCAGCUCCUCACGCCAGCCCAGGAGGAGCCAUGGGGCGCUGGGCCCGGGUCGCCGGCCCCUGCCCCUCGCCCGGGCCAGCCCUGCUGCUGCUGCUGCUGCUGCUGCUGCCGCCUCGCGGGGCGCAGCCCCAGGCUGCCAGGAGCCAAAGGGAGCCCCCAGGACACAACGCCACAGUGACUCCUGUGACCCUUGUAACCUCGGCGACCCCCAGCACUGCAGCCGCGGGAGCACCCCAGGCAGAGGGGCCCCCUGGUGGCGGGCUCAGCCCCCUGCCCAGGGGAGCCCCCUCCAACAGCCCUGGGGGCACAGUGCUCACCGAGGCCGGGCAGCCCUGCAGGUUCCCCUUCCGCUACGGCGGCCGCAUGCUGCAUUCCUGCACUGCAGAGGGAAGCGCCCACAGGAAGUGGUGUGCCACGACCCACAACUACGACCGGGACCGGGCCUGGGGCUACUGUGUGCAGGACCCCGCUCCCCAGGGGCGCCCAGCCCCCCGGGACCCCUGUGCCUCUGGCCCCUGCCUCCACGGGGGCUCGUGCUCCAGCACGCAGGACCCCGAGUCGUACCACUGCACCUGCCCUGCGGCCUUCACUGGCCAGGACUGUGGCACAGAGAAGUGCUUUGAUGAGAGCCGCUACGAGUACCUUGAGCCAGGCGAUCGCUGGGCCCGCGUGCACCAGGACCGCGUGGAGCAGUGCGAGUGCGCGGGGGGCCAGGUCCGCUGCGAGGGGACCCGCCACACAGCUUGCCUGAGCAGCCCCUGCCUGAACGGGGGUUCCUGCCACCUGAUUGUGGCCACUGGCACCACCGUCUGUGCUUGCCCCCCAGACUAUGCCGGGCGGCUCUGCAACAUCGUGCCCGCCCAGCGCUGCUUCGUGGGGACGGGCACGGAGUAUCGAGGCGUGGCCAGCACGGCGGCCUCGGGCCUCAGCUGCCUGGCCUGGAACUCCGACCUGCUCUACCAGGAGCUGCACGUGGACUCCGUGGGCGCUGCGGCCCUCCUGGGCCUGGGCCCCCACGCCUACUGCCGGAACCCAGACAAGGACGAGAGGCCCUGGUGCUACGUGGUGAAGGACAGCGCCCUCUCCUGGGAGUACUGCCGCCUGGCGGCCUGCGGUGCGCGCAGCAGCCGGAGAUGGUCUCGGGAGGAGCAGGAAUCCCUUGCCAGGAUUCAGCCCCCGCCCACCGAGGCCCUGCUGACCCUGCCUGGGCCCGCGGCUGCUGGGCCAGCUGGACGCCAGACCUGCGGUAAGAGGCACAAGAAGAGAACCUUCCUGCGGCCGCGCAUUAUUGGCGGCUCCUCCUCGCUGCCCGGCUCCCAUCCCUGGCUGGCCGCCAUCUACAUCGGGAACAACUUCUGUGCAGGGAGCCUCGUCCACACCUGCUGGGUGGUGUCUGCCGCCCACUGCUUCUCCAACAGCCCCCCCAGGGAAAGCGUCUCCGUGGUCUUGGGCCAGCACUUCUUCAACCGCACGACGGACGUGACACAGACGUUUGGCAUAGAGAAGUACAUCCCGUACCCACUCUACUCCGUGUUCAACCCCAGUGACCACGAUCUCGUCCUGAUCCGGCUGGAGAAGAAAGGGGAGCGCUGCGCUGUCCGCUCCCAGUUUGUCCAGCCCAUCUGCCUGCCCGAGCCCGGCAGCCCCUUCCCCGCGGGACACAAGUGCCAGAUAGCGGGCUGGGGCCACCAGGACGAGAACGUGAGUGGCUACUCCCCCUCGCUGCGGGAGGCGCUGGUCCCCUUGGUCGCAGACCACAAGUGCAGCAGCCCCGAGGUGUAUGGGGCCGACAUCAGCCCCAACAUGCUGUGUGCCGGCUACUUCGACUGCAGGUCGGAUGCCUGCCAGGGAGACUCCGGUGGGCCGCUGGCCUGUGAGAAGAACGGUGUGGCCUACCUGUAUGGCAUCAUCAGCUGGGGCGACGGCUGCGGGAGGCUCAACAAGCCCGGCGUCUACACCCGCGUGGCCAACUACGUGGACUGGAUCAACGACCGGAUUCGUCCCCCCAAGCGACCCUCCUGAGCCCCGCCCCCCGCCCCCCGCCAUUCCCUCCUUGCUGCCAAUAAAGAUGUU